AAGGCUGUGAAUCUUUGCAAAGAUACACAGCUCAGAGAAUCUUUCAGAAGAAGAGAGGAGGAAAGAAAGAACAUUAUCUCAGUAUCCAGCUGUGUCAGACAGGGGGGAAGAGACAGACCAUCUGAUGGAAAAACCGUUUUUAUUAACAAAAAUGAUGACAGCAAUAAACAGAGCAAGACCAACCUCUCCAGGAAAAGAUUAGAUUCUUUUUUUCCUGGGCAUUUAGUGCAAGCUUACUCUUUGAUCCACACUCCGGAGCAGAAGGUGGCGGUAGUGAACCAUUCAGCUGGAUGCCAACCGCCGCAAAGCUCCAAAAAGAAGAGUAGAAGAAGGCCUCCUGCUCCACAUGAACAGACAGCAAGAAGCUGUCAGUAGACUUCCACAUCAAUGGCGUGAUUCGGACAACUUGGCCCCACCUGUUAACGCAUGUAUUAGCUGCGGUUUACCCGCGUGUGUGGUGUUUCAUUUCUAUAAUGUCCGUGGUAAGAACGAUUAUAAAACUCUUCGUGUUCGCUGCAGCUACCGUCCUGGUUACUGUACUGCUGCAGCACUGGAUACGAAACAAACAGUAUGUUUUCAAUAAAGAAGACGUCGCCAAAUUGGCCAAACAGUACGCUGGACAGGACCAUGAGCAAGCCUUUUCCAAAGUGGUGGUGGAGCUCAGGAAAAGGUAUCCUGGCCACAUCCUACCAGAUGAAGACCUGCAGUGGGUGUUUGUGAAUGCUGGGGGCUGGAUGGGCUCGAUGUGUCUCCUUCAUGCUUCACUAACAGAGUACCUGCUGCUGUUUGGUACUGCAGUGGACACAGGAGGGCACUCAGGUCGGUACUGGGCGGAGAUUUCUGACACCAUCAUAUCUGGAACUUUCAGACAGUGGAAAGAGGGUACAACCAAGAGUGAAAUAUAUUACCCUGGGGACACAAUAGUACAUGGUGUAGGCGAAGCCACUUCUGUCCAGUGGAGUGCUGGGACUUGGAUGGUGGAGUACGGUCGAGGUUUCAUACCCUCUACGCUCGGAUUUGCACUGGCUGACACCCUGUUCAGCACUCAGGACUUCCUCACAAUGUUCUACACUAUACAUGUCUAUGUUAAGGGUCUACUGCUUGAGGCUGGUACAGCUCUUACAGAGGCUGGUGUUUUCUGAGUCACAGCAGAGGCAUAGAAGGAUACCACGGGACACUAACAUCAAAAGUUUGCAGUUUUAUCUGACAACUAUCCUCUAGUAUGUGCCAGAUCAUUUAAAAAUGUCUACAUUCAAGUUCUUGCCCCUUGUUAAAAGUGUUUAGAAGUCACUUUCUUACCUUUCAACAUUAAACUGCAUCAACAGAAGUGUUACAUUUUUACAUUUUGCAUCAGCUUAAAAUGUGUAGUACUGACAGUCAGUAACACCUACUAACUAUGGUGGCUGGGAAUUGGGAAGUGCAAUGAAAAUUUACAAAGGAUGAAACAACAAAGUCAAAGACAAAUUUACACUUUGGAAAACAUUUUUACAUUUUAUAAAACAAAUGUACAUUUACAAAACACUUUAAUGAAGGCCCAAACAAAUUUACAUUUAAGAAAACAAAUUUACAAAAUCAGAAACACUUUUACAAGCGGUGAGACAAUUUUACAAGCCCAGAAACAAUAUUUCAAACGGCAGAUUCUGACGGAAAAGGAAUGCACCAAUGAUUUUCAAAAUAAAGACGUCUGUAAUAUAAAAAUGUGCAACAGCCAGGGAAUUUGAUAAUAAUAAUAAUACAUUUUAUUUAAAGGCGCCUUUCUUAGAACUCAAGGUACCGUACAGGGCAGAGUUAAAUUAGGCUGAUAAAAUAGACAAGGCAUGAUAUGGUUUAAUUCACAUAUAUUUGACAUUAACAACCCUGUUUCCACUAAAAUAUCUAGGGUGCAGACUGAUGAGAGAACACCUCAAAAUGUGUUCCUGCAAAUCUCAGUCUGAUAUGGAAAUUCAAAAUAAAUGUUUAUGCUUAAUUUCCAAUGGUUUUUAUUUUGAAAUUCCCUGGCCGUUGCACAUUUUCAUAUAACAGAUGUCUUUUAUUUUGAAAAUCAUUGGUACAUUCCUUUUCCGUUAGAAUCUGCCGUUUGUGAAUUGUUUCUGAACAUGUAUAAAUUGUCUCAUCACUUAUAAAAGUGUUUUUGAUUUUGUAAAUUCGUUUCCUUAAACGUAAAUUUGUGUUGGUCUUAAUAAAAGUGUAACUUGUAAAAUGUUAGCAGUUCCCAGCCACCAUAAAUAACAGUUGUAGCCAGUUACUGAGUUUUUCAUUGAUACCCAAUAAGAAUAACUCAGAAUGCUCUUCCCAUCUACAUAGACACAGAGGUCUUCAGUUUUCAAUAGAAACAGUGCAUAUUUUCUUUGAAUUUUUUGGUAAGGAAUCAAGUAAAGUCCCAGGACCUCUUCCAUAAUUGGUUUGAAUCUUUUUCAAGAUUUGAGAAUCUUCUGGCAAUAUAGGGGAAUAUAUGUAACCAGCACUCAGUUGCAACAGCUAUGCAUAAGUUCAAAUGUAGCCUAGUUUGAAAGUUAUUACUAAUCUAGGACAAAGUUUACACUCUUCCAGCUGAGAUGUUUCCAACAUAAGCAUGAGUUACAACUGAAAUCUUAGACCAAGCUCUGAGUAGGUGGAGAGUUGUCUGUAAAAUAUUGGUUGCAUCACUUUGACAGAUGGGAUAACUUGGAGGAGAAGCAGAGCGUUUUACUGGUGGUUUCAUGUCGGCAAUGUUCUUUCAACAGUGGACUACAUCAAUUCAAAAUGUAUGAUUACUUUGAUCUGUGCUCACACUUUAAUUUUCCACGAACAUUAAUUACAUCUGCACAAAAAUAGAGAAGCUACGAAAUGAACGUUUGUUGUAAUUGGUGAUUUCACCACUCAAUAUCCCUGUUGUUUUUUUCACUAGCUGUUGAAUAAUUUUCACCUAAUUUGCAUACCUUUACGUUGAUGUUGAGUGAUUAGAGUUAACAUCAUUUA